AUGACUCACCAAGCACACUCCUACCACAUAGUUGACCCAAGCCCAUGACCCAUCCUAGGAGCAACCGCUGCUCUCCUUACUACAUCAGGCCUAACCAUGUGAUUUCACCACAACUCACCCUACCUACUAAUCACUGGACUUACCUCUACUGCCCUAGUCAUGUUUCAAUGAUGACGUGACAUCAUCCGAGAAAGCACAUUCCAAGGCCACCACACACCCACAGUACAAAAAGGCCUACGAUAUGGAAUAGUACUAUUCAUCACAUCAGAAGCCUUUUUCUUCCUAGGUUUCUUUUGAGCAUUCUUCCACUCCAGCCUCGCCCCAACACCAGAGCUAGGAGGGCAGUGACCUCCAGUUGGGAUCAAACCUCUAAACCCAAUAGACGUCCCCCUCCUAAACACUGCCAUCCUACUUGCUUCAGGGGUUACAGUCACAUGAGCACAUCACAGCAUCAUAGAGGCCAACCGAAAACAAGCAAUCCACGCCCUAGCCCUAACAGUUCUUCUAGGCUUCUACUUCACUGGCCUACAGGCCAUAGAAUACUAUGAAGCUCCAUUCUCCAUUGCUGAUGGGGUAUACGGUUCUACCUUUUUCGUAGCAACUGGAUUCCACGGCCUCCACGUAAUCAUUGGUUCCACAUUCCUCCUAGUAUGCCUCCUACGCCUAAUCAAAUACCAUUUUACACCAAAACACCACUUUGGCUUUGAAGCAGCAGCUUGAUACUGACACUUUGUAGACGUCGUAUGACUAUUCCUCUAUAUGACCAUCUACUGAUGAGGAUCUU